CUAAUUUGAUUUUUUUCAAUUGGAUACUUUUGUAAUUCGUUUCGUACAAGAUGAGCGCCCUCAUCUUUUUGGCCACGAUUCUCGUUGGCUUUCUUAUAUAUUCUCUGCUCAAAUCCAUGCGACGCCCCAAGAAUUUUCCACCUGGUCCUGGCUUCCUGCCCUGGUUGGGCAACACGCUGCAGUUUCGCCGCGAAGCGCGUGCAGCUGGAGGUCAGCACAAACUUUUCGAGCAGUGGUCAAAGCGUUAUCAAAGUCAGCUUCUUGGUCUGAAGCUGGGCCAGGAGUACGUGGUGGUCGCACUGGGCCACGAGCUGGUGCGUGAGGUGCAGCUGCAGGAGGUGUUCGAGGGUCGGCCCGACAACUUCUUUCUGCGACUGCGCACCAUGGGAACACGCAAAGGCAUCACAUGUACCGAUGGCCAGCUGUGGUAUGAGCAUCGCAACUUUGCCAUGAAGCAGAUGCGUCACGUGGGCUACGGACGCAGUCAAAUGGAGCAGCAAAUCGAGCAUGAGGCCGAUGAGUUGCUGCAGCAGCUCAGCGCCACACAAGCAGCACCCAUCGAGCCAGUAAAUUGGCUGGCCAAAAGUGUGCUCAAUGUGCUUUGGUGUCUCAUUGCGGGCGAACGCAUUGCCAGCGCCAAGGACAGCACAUUGCAUCGUCUGCUGGAGCUAAUGAAUCGUCGUUCAAGGCUGUUUGACAUUAGCGGCGGGCUGUUGGCGCAGUUUCCGUGGCUGCGUCAUGUGGCCCCCAAUCGCACCGGCUACAAUCUGAUAAGGGAGCUAAAUGCAGAGCUGCAUGGCUUCUUCAUGGUGACCAUCAACGAGCAUCGACGUCGCAUGUUGGAGUGCGAAAAGCGUGGAGAGCAGUUGCCUGAAAGCGAUCUCAUCUAUGCGUAUUUGCUGGAGAUGCAGCAGCAGAAGCAGAACUCGAAUAGCUUCAAUGAGACACAGCUGGUGAUGACCAUAUUGGAUUUCUUUAUUGCCGGAUCUCAGACGACCAGCAACACCAUCAAUCUGGCCUUAAUGGUGCUGGCCAUGCGUCCGGACGUGCAGCAGCAGUUACAUGACGAGGUGGCUGCCAACACAAGUGAAGCGACCGAUGCCUUUCCUCAUUUGAGUCGUCGCGAAGCUUUCCAUUACAUGGACGCCUUCAUUAUGGAGGUGCAACGUUUCUUUCACAUCACACCGAUAACGGGACCACGCCGUGCACUGUGGAACACUAAAUUGGGCCAGUAUGAUAUACCUAGGAAUGCCACCAUAUUGAUCAGUUUGCGUUCCGUACAUUUGGACGAGGCGCAUUGGAAGGAGCCGCAUGAGUUCCGCCCAGAACGUUUCAUUGAUGGCGCUGGCAAGUGUUGCAAGGAUGAGUAUUUUAUGCCAUUCGGUUUGGGACGACGCCGCUGCCUGGGUGAUGCCUUGGCACGCGCUUGCAUUUUCUCAUUUCUGGUGCGAAUCGUGCAGCAUUUUCGAAUUGUGUUGCCAGCGGGCGAAACGCCAUCGUUCGUCCUCCAACCGGGCAUCACACUGACGCCCAAGCCAUACAAGGUGCAGUUCGUCAAGCGAGAGUGAAUAAGGAUCAAUGACCAUUAAAUAUAUAUAAGCUUUUCAUUUAUUCUUGAAUUAACAUUGAAAAUAAACCAGCAACGACAACAACAACUCACUGUGGACGUAUUUUGUAACUGCAAUUUCAACGAAGCAACUUGACAGCAACUCUGAUUUAAUCGAUUUAAAAAUUAUCGACCAUCCGCCACUGACUGUUACUUUGAAUGAUCUACAUAUCGAAGUUCAAAUAAAAACGGAAUUUAUUUCCGAGUUUGAAAAUGAUUAUUUUUUUUUUUUAAUGUUAACUUUAAUAUAACAAUAUUAAGUACAUUGGACUUUAUUGAAUGAAUGUCAUUAACAUUAAAAAAUCGAUUUUCUACUUUUGAAUCAAAUUUAACAAGAAGUUUCAGAAAAAUUAAUAUUACAAAACUUCAAAUCAAAUGCUCAUUCUUUAAAAUUCAUUAUGUUCAUUAAGGGCUUCAUACUUAAAAAUAAAGUGUAAAUAUCUAUAUGGCUCGUAGGCACAUAAUCAUAAUUGUUAAUUUACUCGUUUUCAAAACAAGUCUAUUCUAAUAUAAUUAGCUCCAAUGUAAUUCAAGCAUUCAAUAUUAUAACUUAUUCCAAUAUUAAGUACAUUCGGCUCCAUAGAAUGAUUUUAUUAGUGUCAUUAAAAUUCAGAAAUCCAUUUUCUAGUUUUUAAACCACUGUUUCACU